AUGAUGAAAGAAGCAAAUAAGGUAAUAAAAAGAAAUAUUAACAUAGAAACAUGAAGGUGCACGGUAUAUUUUCAGGCAUAAACUAUUCAUUUGUUACAAUCAGAAAAAAGUUAGAAAGUAAAGGCAGUCCUGGCGUACAUUUGUUACAAUCAGAAAAAAGUUAGAAAGUAAAGGCAGUCCUGGCGUACAUAACAGGCCCAAUUUUGAGAGAAAGGCGACUAAGUGCUGGAGGGAGAGGAACGCAAACGAGAACAUAUUGGGCUUGCAUCAUUAUUGUUAUUUUGCGAAAUUCUGUUUGUCAGCGAACGGAGUUAUUUAAUUGCUUUUUCAGGUGUCAACCACAUCAUUUUCCUUGUUAUUAAGUGUAAAUGUACAAUAAUAGGAAAGUCAUGCAAGGGCGUGGUAUUGUUUCUAUCUGCUGUUUUAGUUUUCAUGACAUAAAAGUAAAAUAUUAUUAAAUCUGGUCGUAUUACUAUGAAAAAGCGCACAAUACCUGCAAGCCUCACUACUUCUAAACGAGAGGACCAAAUUCAGUUCGUAGGCUUACGUGUGAGUAUAGUCAGAAAAUUUGAUGAAUCAGUUGAAAAACGCUCCAAACGCACGUGGCAAAAUAGUUCAGAAUAUUAAAAAAAUUCAGACAAAACCAACGCCAACGAAAUACACGAUCGCAAACUCGAGACGUUAGUUUCAAGUAUAUAAUUUCAACAAAAGUCUUUAACGUGUAAAACGCACAGUAACCGUGGACAUAAACGUGAAACGUGGUUCGAAGAUGUUUUCCCUGUCGCUUUUUAUCGUCUAUUCUUUUACCAUAAAUAUCCUCUAAAAGAUGUAGCAGUGUCCUCUGUGUUUGAAUUAUAAAACUAUACUGACUCGUGCACUGGUUUGCGUGUCAUGAUGUACACUUGUCAUAUUAAACCAAUUAUGAGAUAAAAUAAAGGCUGAUUAUCUAUACCAACAAAUGUUUGACUGCUCUGUGAUCAUUAACAGAUGCAAGUGUCAUUCACAAUAAUGCCUCUACUAACCUUAACGUCUUAAUUUAGCUUUCCGACCUAACAUACCGGCCCUUAAAUGCGAAACUAUUUAUGUGAAGCAUUUCCCAAACAUAAAUGGAUCGAAAAGUAAAAUUAUCUAUUAAUAAAUCUAUAACAUGCAAAUAUGUUCAUGCAAUAUCAAACCGUUCACUUGGUUCUUCCUUCUCUUUUCACAUGUUCCACUAUCUCCAACAGGACUAUUUUCGCCACCGGUCGGUCCAAGAUUGUAGACUUCGUUCUCACCGAGACACUUCGCCGAACUUAUCCUUACUGUUGCGGUGAACGUCGACUAUCCUACCCAACGGCCAGCUGCAACGAGGCGAGCUUUCGUUAACGAGAAGCACUAUAUCUCCGGCGGGAAAGUUCCUUCGAGUGUUGGUCCAUUUCUGUCGUCCUUGCAGACGUGGUAGAUACAGUACACCGUACCUUUUCACAUGACUUCUACCACGUUUCACUGUGAAAGGCCCAAAACAAUCUACGCCUACGUUAAUGAAAGGUGGUUUUCCAGGCGUGACACGAUCUUCCGGAAGAUCUGCCAUCUUUUGCUCGCCCACAUGUACAGGUGCACGUCUCGUCUUACAAUCAUGACAGCGUCCUAGUACGCUCUUGAUUGCGACGCGAGCGCCAACAAUCCAGUAUCUUUCUCUUAAUAAUGCUAGAACGUGCUCCAAACCAGAAUGGGCAGAAAUGUCGUGAUUAAUUUCACGAUAUGAUGCCUUUUUGGUAAUAUCAUAGGAUUCCUCGCUUCAUCUGAGAGUGCUGAGUUUCGCAAACGUCCUCCAACGCAUAAAACGUCAUUCUUCAAAAUCGGGUCAAGCUUGUAGAUUGGACUUGAUGGAAUAGUUGGAAUCGAUUAGUUGAAAUCUCAAUGGGGAAGCUUUGUUGUUGUACAACUUUGACGAUUUUGCGUUCCGCUUCUUGCAUAUCCCUUUAACAGUCAUCGGCUAAAUCUCUGUGUGUUUCGGUACAGGCUCCCCUCGAGAACGUCUUUCGCGAGCUUUACGUAAUGCCGACCUGUAACGCAGUAGCCAGGCAACAAACCUUUUCAAACGGUACCAGGAGGAAAAUCUGGCAAAUAUUUCACUCAUAUUGUAAAUGGCGGCGGGAUUAGUUGUGACUGCCAGAGAUUUGCAUUUCUUUACUUCUGGAUCGUCCUCUUUAACUUUGGAAGCAUCGCCCAUCUCCAGUUUCGGCCAGCAGUCUUUUGUUUUCCAUAAGAACUCUGGUCCAUCCAGCCAACGUUUGUUCUUCAGCAGAUUCUCUAUUUCCAGUCCACUCGACGCGUCGUCAGCAGGGUUAGAUUUCGUAUCAACGUAGUUCCAUUGAAACGGUGAUGAUGCAUCGUGAAUUGUAGACACGCGAUUUGCAACGAAAGUGUGGAACCUCUUGUCUUCAUUCGAAACAUAACUUAGUACACACGUACUGUCCGUCCAGAAGAACGAAUCAUUGAUUGGAGUAUCGAUCUCUUACCUAAUCGUCUUGUCUAACUUCGUUGCCAAGACAGCUGCCGACAAUUCCAACCGUGGAAUUGUAACUGAUUUCAACGGGGCCAACCUUGAUUUGCCCAUCACAAACGCGCAGUGAACUUCUUCUUUCGCGGCGAUCAUUCGUAAAUACGAAAUAGCAGCGUAGCCAUGCUGAGAAGCAUCAGAGAAAAGGUGUAACUCGGAUGAAUCUACUUCGCUGAAUCCAGGCGGCUUAAAACAGCGUUUAACUUUGAGACCUUCCAAUUUAGGCAAGUCUUUCAACAGCACCGAAUUUUCAAGAGUUCAUAAUAGCAAAGGAUGUAAGGCUUCACACUACAGAAUUUCUAUAAGAAAUUUUGGUAUAGCUUCAUUUAUAAGUCAGUCUAUAUUCUAUACAAACGAUGAAUUUCCGUUGCAUGUUUAUACUUACUACAAAUUUCAAAUUAUUCCACGCAUGAUUUUCCGAAAACUAAUAGUACUAGUCUUCAAGUUUACCGACAAUUUCCAAAAUUUGUUUAAAGAAUUAUUUGCAUACCAUAUAAUGUAUUUAAUUAUGUUCAUAACAAAAUAACGCUCAAUCAUACUUUACAAGUAUAGUAUUUCGAAAUCUAUAUAUGCUGUAGCCAGUGACACUUGCGCUCAGUGGAGCGUCUUGUUUGCUAAGUUUCUCCAUGUUGGACUCCUCCUGCCUCAACAAGCUGCUUAUUAACAGCCAAUUCGCAAGUGUUAAGACAUGUACUUCAAAAUGUAAUCCGCCUUUAUUCCUAUUAUUGUAGGUUCCACCGAGAAGUAUUUUUGAUGGAGUUAAAUUGAAUCUCCUGCCUCAACAAGCUGCUUAUUAACAACCAAUUCGCAAGUGUUAAGACAUGUACUUGAAAAUGUAAUCCGCCUUUAUUCCUGUUAUUGUAGGUUCCACCAAGAAGUAUUUUUGAUGGAGUUAAAUUGAGUCUAGAAAAACAGAAGAUCAAAAUGCUUUUCGGUGCCGCAGUACUGUACACUGGGCGACGACCAACACACGCUACUGGCGUCGCCGCACGAGGAGUCGCAACGGUCGUACCUGAGCCACAAUUUCCAGCAUGUGAGUUCUUUACUCCAGGAAAAUCAUUCCCUGUGUGCCUCCGUCAUUCAACUCUUAAAUCCAAAGAUGACGCCAUGUUGGAUUUUCUAAGUGCUUCAAUACGAUUUGCUGAUAGUGACGAGGAAAGUUUAUUAGACAUUCUAAUGUCGACAGGAAGAGGUAAUCCAUUGUCCAAUGUGAAGGGUAUUUACGAUGCUCUUGCAGCUAACUGGAGUGGCAACUUGAAAGAUUAUUAUCUUGAUAGCCCAGAUCGGUAAGAACGAACAGGAGUUUCUACAUAUUGAGAACAUUUCCAAUAGAUUUUUGAUAUGCUAGCUUCUCACUAUUCCUGAUAUGCUAGCCUUUCUGCAGAGUCCACUCGGCCCAGUUUUUUACACGAUUGAUGUAGUGCUGAGAUUUCGAAAAUACCAUACAUGUAAGAAAAAUUUUGUUUUUUAUUUUCCAUUUAAUAAAAUCACUUUGAUGAUUGCGUUAUAAACUUAAACGGUUUAUUUUAAUGAAUUAUUUAUGUAUUUGAAACCUUUGUCAACAGGGGCAAUAGAGAUAUUUUGAAAUAUUGCGUGACAUUUAUGUUUUGUUUUGUCACUCUUUGUCAUUUAUAAAAAAAACAAUAUUGCGCUAUGUUGCUUCCUUCCCACUCAAAUAUCGCGGAAAUAUUUAGGAAUAAAUUUCAAUAAGAAAGAUAUUUGCUAAAAUUGCUUGAAAAAUGUUGGGAUGCCAGCCAGCUCAGGUCUCCUGAACUACAAACAAGGGGACUUGACCCCCACAUAGCCUCCUUCUUCUAGGCUACACCCCUGAUUAAACAGCCCAAUCAGUUUCGACAGUUGACCUUCUUCUCAAAUUAUUCUAUUUCUUAAUUUUUCAUUGUUUUAACAAUGAAAACAAAAAGAAAAGUAUAUAAGUAUUAAAAUACUUAAUAUACUAUAUAUAUUCCAGUUUCUAAGUGCAAAAGCUACUAUAUAAAUAAAUUUAUUUUCUCUACAACAUCAGACUUGCCAGCAAUAUUGAUGGUUUACGUCGAGCGCCAGAUUCCUUUUUUGAUCAGCGAUAUUACUCUGAAAUUAUUGUGGGAUUUAGAGCGUUGGAUUCUAUGAAACGUUACGCCAGAUUUCGAUUGAUGCCGGCCGAUGGAUCUAUAGAAACGGGGUUGCUGAGCGAAGAAGACCAAAGACAUAUUUGGUAUAACUUUAUAUUGAUAAUUCUAACUAGUAUCCCACAUGACUACACAAUUAGAGUGGAUGAGGCGUAUUACUUUGUUUUUUGGGGCAUAAGACAAGUGGGAUAAGAAGAGGGUUGGGUGGCAUGAGGCCCGGUUGAAUUUGUCAUAGAAAAUUACAAAAGGGCAGCUCAGGCGUUAUUUCCGACUUGGGGCGCAAAAUGGCCCAGUAUAUAUCAGUACGCAGGGCAUCACGGCAGUGUCCCUUCCAAAGCAUUUAUUUUCAAAUGUUUUUUUAUUUGGUUGUAGGAGAAAUGAGCGACUGUCUUCAGAAACCAGAGCGAAAGACUAUUUGAAGCAAGAAUUCAAACAAAGAAUUUCUCGUGGAGCAGUGAAAUACAAACUGCAGAUGACUCUACACGAAGUGCAAUUAGAUGAUCCAGCAAGUAUUCUCAACAUCGCGAGGUAUUGGGACGAAACAACUCAUGCUUGGUUGGACGUAGCUGACGUAAAAUUAACAACUCUUCUUUCUCCGGGUGUUACCGCUGGAUUGCUGUUUAAUCCCGGCACUCUACCAAAUUCUCUCUGCUUCUUACCAGCCCGGUCUAUUCAGGAUUCCAACUGCAUUGCCCACAUAAGACAAGAUGUGUACGAAUUCACGCAGAAAAUUCGAGCAGCUCGAAGUUCGAAUAUCCAACCACAUCAUAUGGCCACAUAUAUCAUUCGCAUGGAGGCAAAACUCAGAGCAGGAAGUAAUUCUAACAUCACUAUAUCCCUCACAGGUAUGCAUCUUUUACAUUUAUUCCGUGCAAGACCAAAUUAA